CGGCGAACUGCCGUUUGCCAAAGCCGCAGGGCGCCGCAGAGCCGACUGACCCAGCAUGAGCCAAGGAUACGACCAUGGGCCCUUCCCCACGGGGGACGCGCCGCCCAACCCCUUUGCGGCGCCGCCUCGAAGGCCGUCGGCGUCGCCCUUUGCGUCCGGGCCUGUGGCGCAUGUCACCCCGAUGAAGCCGGGCCCAGGACUACCGCUAGCUGGCGGCGGUCUUGGCGCUCGGCCGCAAGCGACGAGCCAGCUCAAGACCCCGUUGGUCGUCAAGCCGGCCGACUCAAGUGCGAGUCCUUUUGACCACGUCGCCGACUACUCGACGGCCAACGCGCAGUUUCACACUGCAGACCUCAGCGACCCUUUCCAGCACGUGCCGGAGGCGCUGACGCCCUUCCAGCAUGCACCGCCGACAACGCCGGUGCCACCAGCUCUUGCAUCCAACUUCAAUUCCGCAGACUCGGCCUCGGACGAGCUCGCCAACAUGUUUGGCGGUCCACCGCCAGCGGCCAACCGAGACAGCUUCUCCGACGCCCCGCGACCGUCGUCCAUGUCGGACCCGUUUAGUGCUGCGACCGCCGUGGCCCCGCCGCCGCCGGCCGCGCCUUUCUUGGGAUACAACCAAUCACCAUACGCAAGCUCGAACACGUCACCGAUGUUUGCGGGCCCGACGCACCCGUCACCGUCGUUUGCGCACCGGCAGCCGUCGCCGCUUGCGCGGUCGCCUUCGCUCGCAUCACCGCAGCGCCAAACAUCGACGCAGAUCCUUCCACCGCCGCGCAGCGUUGCAGAGCUCUUUGAGGCGUUCAUGGCGCAGGUAUCGCCAGAGAUGCACCCGACGCCGCUCCCGCCCUUUGACGGCACCGAGGCCGGUCUUCGGUUGCUCUACGACCACCAGCGCUGGAAGUCGCUCGAGGCGGCCGCGGCGUCCAUGGCUCAAACCAACGACGUCGCUGCGAUGCUUGCUGCGCGCUCGUGGCAGCUCGUCGCACUGUACAAGCAGCGCAACGUGACGGCGUUUGAGGCUGUUGUCCGAAGCCUCGGCGAUCUUGAUAGCCCGCAGUACCAAUGGACGACGUAUCCAGAGUCUGGCAAGACGGGGUCCAUGGUUCCCUGGCGCCUCCACUUUCUUGGCAUGCAGCUACCGCGCCUUCAGAACAACUAUGCCGAGUACGAAGCCGCCUCGGCAGCCUUUCUCCAGCGACUCGAUAUCGCCCAGGACACUGCGGCCGACGUGUGGCGGGACAUGACGACCGGCGCCAUGAUCAACACGUUCAUCGAGCGCAAGAAGCUGCACUUGGCGCUACGUUUGAGCCUCCACUACCUCACGACCAACGUGGGCCGCUUCUCGCCGUGGCAGGAGCUGCUCUGGACGUCGCGCGUCGGUCGCGUGCACCUCCAAAUGGGCAACCUUGUCGCCGCCGAACGCACGUUUGCCAAAGCUGCAGCGCUCCAGGCCUCGAUGGACCACGACUGCUCGGCGCGUCUUCUUUUGAACCAGGGGCUGCUUUUCUUUGCACAAAACAAGUUUAAGGAAGCGCUCGAUACGUUCAACACGAUCCUCGAGCUACAUGCGGCGCCCGAGCCCACGUACGCGGGUGGCGACCCGUUUGUGACGAUCGACGACGGCGACGUGGCCUCGUGCGCAGCCAACAACCUUGCAAUCUGCGCCCUCUACUCGUGCGAGGUGCUGACGGCAGUGAACGUGCUCGAGUCGGUGCUCCAGAGCGACCCGCGCCGCCACUUGAGCGCCGCGCUUGUCUUCAACCUUAGUACGCUCUACGACUUGGUGUGCGACAAUGCCAACGCUACGAGCCGCAAGGAGGCGAUCAAGCGACUGGCGGACGCGUACAGCGUCGAACACAUUGAGCCGAGCAGCUUUCGCAUCUAA